GCCGGUUGUCAUGUCGUCCCCAAACGACGCCCCAUGGGUCGCAGGAAAAGCAGUGAAAGCCGUGGUGUGGUCACAGCAGUCUCCUGCAGCAUGGACAGCGAUGAUGAAAAUGUAGAAGAGGUCGUAGAAGGUCCACUGGAUGAAGACAGUCAGCCCCAUGGUUUCUGCACAGUGACCUACUCAUCCAGUGAUCGCUUUGAAGGGCAUUUCACCCACGGAGAAAAAAAUGGCAAGGGCAAGUUCUUCUUCUUUGAUGGAAGCACUUUAGAGGGUUUCUAUGUAGAUGAUGCUCUGCAGGGCCAGGGAGUGUACACUUAUGAAGAUGGGGGUGUCCUCAACGGGACAUAUAUGGACGGAGAGCUCAAUGGGCCUGCUCAGGAGUUCGACGGAGAGGGUCACCUGGUGUUCAAGGGCCAGUACAAAGACAACAACCGCUGUGGGGAAUGCUGGGUCUACUACCCUGAUAGAGGCUGUGUGUUUGGUGAGGUAAACGAGGACGGGGAAAUGACUGGUGACUCCGUAGCAUAUAUCUACCCUGACGGUUGCACGGCUCUCUAUGGAAGCUUUGUGGACGGGGAGCUAAUCGAGGCUCGACUCGCUGCUGUGAUUUCCAACCAGACUGGAAGACCACGCUUUGACAUCAGCCCCAAUAGUCCUGUGUACUCAUAUGACAAGUCUACAUCCACCUGCAUCGCCACCCACGCUCUGCUCCCUGAUCCCUAUGAGAGUCAAAGGGUGUUUGUGGCAGACUCUACAAUCAAAGGAGCAGGACAGGGCCUGUUCGCCAAGACUGAUGCUGAGGCCAACACUGUGAUGGCUUUUUAUAAUGGAGUACGCAUCACGCACACUGAGGUGGACAGCAGGGACUGGGCGCUGAAUGGAAACACAAUUUCACUGGAUGAGGAUACUGUGAUCGAUGUCCCUCGGCCAUUUGACCAGACAGAGAGAUACUGUGCCUCUCUGGGUCAUAAAGCAAACCACUCCUUCACCCCCAACUGCAAAUAUGACCCGUUCGUCCAUCCUCGUUUUGGGCCAAUCAAGUGCAUCCGAACCUUGAGGGCUGUGGAGAAAGACGAGGAGCUAACAGUCGCCUACGGUUACGAUCACCAGCCGACGGGAAAGAACGGCCCAGAGGCUCCUGAUUGGUACAAGCAAGAGCUAGAGGCAUUUGAGCGGAGCGGGGCGUCUGUUCCCGGCCAGUGAGAAUGCAGAUGAAUACCUCUGGACAACAAAACAAAAAAAACCCCCACUCCCCCCUACCUGUGCUACCACCUUACAAGACUGCUGGAGCAUUGUGGAAAUUGAUAUUACGUAAAUAUUUGGGAAGUUCCUAAGUUUCAUAUAGUAUUCAAAUGGAAAACUGCUUGAGCAAUUCAGGAUGAAUGUAGGUCUCGAUCAGGCCAAAGCAACACAAGAACUAUGCAAGAAACCAAAUGAUAUUGGAGGAGACACCGCUCCGGCUGGCGUUGCUGCUCUGUCUGACAUUGCCACCAUACUCUUCAUCACAUACGCUAUCACUCAUAUGGAAGUCAAGAGUUUGUGUAAUGAUGACUUCGUUCAGUUUCCACUGUCUGUAUCCUCUUAGGUGUCACGUAGCUGCUGUUUCCCUAACAGAGCUCCACUCCAAACACCCCACAGUAUUUAUGCCAUCUGUUUUAAACUGUUCAGCUCUGCACUAAUUUACCUAUUCCAAUCCAUAAAUUUAAUAAUGUCUAACUUUACAGGUCUGUUUGCUUGGCAUACAGGAUAAACAUUACAGUGACUAAUUUAUUUAUAAGAUCUGAAACUAGUUAAGUACUGUAUUCCCUGAGCUUUGUAAAGGGCCUUUGUAAUCUAAGGACUUUGGGAGAAAAUAAUGAAGUGUGUACCCCUGGUCA